AUGGCGCAGCCGGGUUACAGCUCCGGCCAUGGGCCAAUCACUCUGACUUCAGAGGUAAACGCAUUUGCUGGAGCCGGUUCGGCAGACAAAGGCGCAAACCAUACGGACGCGACCCAGAACUCGUUUGACCACAAUAGGCGGACAAUUCCGGGUCUUGGGCUGGGAUUUUUUGGAAGAGCAGAUAGCUCAGCAGCAAAACAGAAUGGUGCGCCUGCGAGUCAAAAACCAAAACGCGCAAACACAAACGUCGGCGACUCGGCAGAAGAGGGAGAGAUAACCGCAGACGAAUUCGAGGAUUUGUACGAAUCGCAACAGCCGGUGCAUAUCGCUCAGCAGGAGCAGCCUCCCCCAGAAAUCGAUACAAGCUACGUCGAGAUGAGCGAUGAGGAGCGUGAACGUUCCGGCUCGUACUCCCCCUUUCUUGAGGCUGGGGAGAUGGACGUUUCACCAUCUGACCCUGUGCAAAUGCCCACCCGCGACCGAGAUACACUCACCGUUCACAGCGCGGCGGCGGUACAAAAGAGACCCAUCGACGUGAUUGCGGAAGCCAAAAUUAAAGCGAAAGACGCCAUAUUACGGUUACAAGCUGCCAAUAUUCGCUAUCAGGAUUACGUCGAUGAAGGGAUUGACAAAACUGUCCUGGAUCAGCUUUUUGGUGACUUGGGGCUUGAAAAGUCUUCAAAGAAGCCGACACCUGCACCUCCUGCCACGACUCACACGCAUUCCAACCAGACGAGCACCGCCGCUUCGACCGCGACAACAGUGGCGGACGCAUCUGCCGACAAAUCAGAGUCCCGCAAAGACCGCAUCGCACGGCUUCUUGCUGCUAAAGGAUCGAAAGCUACAAAGUCCGGGGAAGCAACUGUGAUCGGCAAAGUAGCCAAGCCCCUGAACAUGAAAGUAAAUUCGGAGAAGUCUAAGCUUUUACAACAAAAGAUGGAGGCACUGCUUAAGGCUCGCGAAGAGAAGCAAAAGGAGCUUGAGCGACAAACAGCAAUAGCAGCCUCGGGACCUGUGUCUAAUGGAGAGAGCUCUUUUGGCCUUGGCCAUGGAGCUCCUCCUGUCGAGCUGUCUUCAGCUUUACAGGUGGUAGCAAGUGACCAGACUGCUAAAGCAACAAUAUCGGAGCCGUUGACCUCUGCCUCCUCUCCCGCCAAAGCUCUAGCUACGUCAAACAGCGGAACCGGCAGCGCUUCGGAAGGUCCCUUUCAGAAGCCUUUCGGACCAACGCGGCCUUUUCUCAUUGACGUCAGCGACGACGACGACGAUAUUGAUAUGGAUAUGGAGUCUCCGGAGCAGCUGGCGAACAUUGAGAGAGAACUCAAAGAAGGCCUCGAGGAAGAGCAAAAACUGCGGGAAGACUUGGACUACAUCUCUGAUGAUGACAUUGCUAUCUCUGCAGUUCCUGACUCGGUUGCUCUUCGAGCAGUCCCAGAUCAUAUUGACACUGAACCCGUUGCAAGUGCGGAUAUGUCCGGGCAAGGGCUUGCGAAUCCUAUCGACAUGCUCAGCUCCGAUCAUAUUGCUACAGAGUCAAGUUCGCGAUCGAGCCCGGAGCCUGUUGCAGGGAAUGCAGUUCCUUUCGCCCGAUCCAACCGACCUGGAAUGCAGUCUGAGGCCUCCCAAAAAGGGCAUCCUGUGGUCAUUGGAGUAGCGACAGCAUCAACAAUUGAUGCAGAUGUUGCCAUGGAAGAGGCUACUAGCAGCGGAGAGGAAGCUGACGAUGACUCUGACGGCUACGAGCCGGCUGAGGCCAGCCCAUUUCAAACGCACCAUUCCUCGCCCAAUGUGAAGACGUCUGAUGGCGCACCUGAGCUUACUGAUAGCGACCCAGCUGUGGCAGCCCUUAGUGCCGAGUUAUUAUCUGCAGGACGACAAGAUUCUGCUCCCGUUGCGGAGCAAGAGAGAGAAGUGCGAGAGAACGUGCUCGAGGACACAGAUGCUGCUUCUGUGCAGCCGAGUUACCUGGCAUAUGAUUCUCCUCUGCGAUACUUCCAUUCGUUUCGCUUCCACCCAGAUUUCAGUAAAGUUGUUGCCGGCGGCUUGCGGUCUGUUACGUUCAGUAACAAGAUCGACGCUAAGCUGCCGCUCUGCCCAGACGAACUGGCAGGCAACACAUGCCCUCGGGGAAAGAACUGUCACUUUCAGCAUUUUGCGGAAAUGAAUGCGCCCGACGACCAAAUCCUGCUGCAGCUGGGAGCGUACACGAACUGCGAAGAAUCGAGAAAGCAAGAGUACAUCCAGGGCCUCCGGGAACUGCUCACCGACUACCGAAACCGCAAGGUGAAAGAUUUUAAGACAAUCAGCCAAGGGAUUAUAGAGUAUCGAGCCAGGUUCCACGGCGAUGCCAGUAAGGUUCUCCCCCUGGGCACAUUAUCGCUCUGA